CAGCCGCAGUGCGGACCAGCCGGUGUGUGCGAGUGUGGAGCGAGCGAACGAGCACGAACUGCUACAAAAGAAGCGCGAGCGGAGUUUGCAGGCUCAACUCCGAGGCGGCGUCAGCUUCUGUUGGACGGCGAUUCCUCGGGCUCGCUCUCCCUCCCUCCUCUCGCAGUCCUCUCCGCGCCCGUCGGGUGGGCUUUGACGGUGGAAACAACCGGUGCCUGGCACGUCUCUUCCCCGGAGGAGCCGCCUGCUCCAGGACCUCCCCUCCCCCGCGCUGCCCUCGCCUCGGGACUGGCACGGCACCGCCGCCGCCUCCCCCACUCCUGUCCUUACAGGUUAAAGCGCAGCGAGGUUGCAUGCCUUGGACUUGAUGCUUGAUUUGCAUGACUCCUAAUAAUCAGGUGCUGGAUUUGCCAGUGAGCAAACAUGGCCCACCACUCAGUGAAUAUUAAUGGCAGUUUUACAGAAAAUGAAGAAAAUGCCAUAAAUGGGGAGGAUGACAAAAUUCAGAAAGAUCCCUAUUUUGUGGAAACACCUUACGGCUACCAGCUUGAUCUGGACUUUCUCAAGUAUGUGGAAGAUAUACAGAAGGGAAAUACUAUUAAAAAAUUGAACAUUCAGAAGAAGCGGAAAGUGACACCACCUUUUGCUACUGUCAAAAUCGCUUCCAAUCAGUACGGUGGAUGGACAUCAAAUGAAUCUCUUUCUUCAUCCAACAGUGAUGAAAACAAACAUUCAUCUUUACUUUUUACAGCCCAAAGCCAAUUAGCAGGGACAACUUCUGCAAGGCCAUCCUUGGCAUUUGAAGCCUCUCCAAGCUUCCUAACUAUCCCUGAAAGCAAACCAUUACUUCCUCCUUCGCCACAGCUGCCUAGACACAACCUUCGAGUUACAAAAACUCUCAUGGAAACACGUAGGAGAUUGGAGCAGGAGAAAAUGGCAAUGCAACCCAUCCCUGGAGAAACUCGGAGGCCUAGGCUUUCCAGUUUUGGAGCCACGGGCUCAACCGGCUCGCUUCCUUCUUUUGUAGGAUCCAGCAGCCAGAAUCAGAUGUGCCAGCAAUUUCAGAAUGGCUAUCAAGGCAAUGGAGAUUGUAAUCUUUAUCUGGCCUCCUCUUUGGGCAGUUCUAUUCGGCAUAGCCCCUUGAGUUCAGGAGUAUCAACACCUGUGACUAAUGUGAGCCCGGUGCACCUACAACACAUCAGGGAACAAAUGGCCAUUGCCCUCAAACAUCUCAAGGAACUGGAGGAACAAGUCAAAACCAUCCCUGUACUCCAGGUUAAGAUCUCGGUACUUCAGGAGGAGAAAAGACAGCUGGUGGCAAAGCUCAAAAGCCAAAGAAUGGUCAGUCAGAAUGACACAGGCACCUUCAGAAAGCGAUCUUACAGUGCAGGAAAUGCAGAGCAGUGGAAGCAGCUCUCGUCAGUCAGAGGAGGAGGAGGGGAGCUUUACAUAGACUGUGAAGAAGAUGUGGGGAAUGUAGGGCAUAGCACAGAGCAGGUAGAAGAGUUCAGGCAGUUGACCGCCGAAGUGCAAGCCCUGGAGAAAAAGAUCCAGGACAGCAAUUACGAUAUUCCCUCUGUGCGAGGCAAUCGAGCAAACAUAGCAAAAGAGAACAGGUCAAUUGCUGUUGGUGCAGAUGAAAGUAUGAAUGAUAUUGUGGUAUAUAACAGAGCUUUGAGGGCAUGCAGGGAUGUAGCGGUGGGCACAGAUCUGAAGACUAAAGAUUUUAUUGCUGGGGUAUCAGAAGAAAUGCUUGGCCUGUCUACUGAAGCUGAGAGAGAGAUAGAACUUCAGCAUCAGAUGAUUGAAUCCCUUAAAGAGAAAAUCUACCGGCUGGAGGUUCAGUUGAGGGAAGCUACUUACGACAGGGAGAUGAUCAAAUUAAAGCAUGAGCUUCAGGCAGCUGGAUCUAGGAAAAAAUCAGACAAGGCAUUAAUGGCACAGCCCCUUGUCUUCAACAAAGCGGUAGGCACAGUAACGCAAACGAGAGACCAAAUGGUGGGAAAUCACGUGGAUAGUGUUGAUUCAUGUGUAGGGAACAGUCCCCAGAUGAGUAGCAUUGGUGUAUUGUGUAGGCCUAUGUUGCAGAGUUCAGCUGUGGGACCAGAUGUCCCCAUGAAUUGGUGGAUUGUGAAAGAGAGGAAUGAAAUGUGUGAUCGUUGCAUUGGGAAUUAUGUUGAGACCCACAAUAAAUGUGUGGGCACAGAAAUUAGCUUCUGCGAAGCCGGGGUCAAUACAGAGGAAUUAGUGGACAGCCUAAGCCUGCAUAAGACAGAACUACAAAUCAAGGAAGUAUGGUCACCUGGUGGUAGAGACUAUUUGGAUCUGACAUUCUGUCCACCUAAAAAGACCACAUCUUGCAGCACAAACACAGAGACUGCUUGCAGAGCCAAUUCUGGAAUCAUGGCAGUGCCUUGUACAAUUAACCAAGGAACCAAUACAGUAUUAGAAAAGGCUGAUGGAUUCACCAACACAGAAAUGACUACUUUGACAGAUUCCAGCACCAAUACUUUAUUGAGCACUUCCGAUAAGCAGACAAACACUGUGGCUGUGGAGCUGAAGACGGUGGCUGUCGGAGAUGGUAGGGUCAAGGAUGUAAAUACUGCUGCUAAAACUCGUUCCAUUGGUAUAGGAACUUUGCUUUCUACCACUGCUAGCUUUGAUAAAUCUUCUCUAACAAAGACCAAAGACUGUGGAGUAGGGCAGAUCAGUAUUCAUGAGAACUAUCUAGUUGGAUUAAAAAUGAGACACAUUGCCUGUGGUCCACCACCAGUUUCUCUUGCGCCACCCAGCACAAGAAGCAUUGGUGUUGGGGAUGAUGCUGUGGAUGAUUCAGGGAACCCCGACACCGAUAGUGCAUUUCCUCUGCCCGAAAUAAGGACUGGCCUGGACCAUUACAUUGAACGUGUUCAAAAGCUUGUUCAAGAACAGCAGAUGCUCCUUGCUGAAAAUUAUGCUGAACUAGCAGACGCUUUUGGAGAACCUCACUCACAAAUAGGUUCUCUCAAUUCUCAGCUCAUCAGCACUCUAUCAUCUAUCAACACAGUCAUGAAAUAUGCAAGUACAGAGGAACUGCGCAGCUUAGAGACACCAAAACAAUGCAUGGACAAACCUACUACUACAGGCUCUUCAAAAUUGAACCUAGGGCAGGAAAUUGGGACCAUAAAUGAGGAAAAGACUGCAAUAAUUGGAAUGAAACAGGACCAAAAGAUUUUGACUUCCCAGGAUAGCACAUUAUCUUCAAUUAAUCUUACAGAUGACCAGCUUGCUUCUGGGCUUUAUGUGUGUGCAAAUGAUGGCAUUUUGAAGUCCAUCAUGAAGAAAAAAGAUGGGAAAAAAGAUGAGAAUACAAAGAAGAAUUUGCAAUUUGUGGGUAUAAAUGGAGGGUAUGAAACCACAUCAAGCGAUGAUUCUAGUUCGGAAGAAAGUUCCUCCUCGGAGUCUGAUGAUGAAUGUGUUGGGAAUGAUUAUGUUCAGAUUGAAAAUUCCAGCUUAAUUGAAAGGGAACAAAAGCAUAGAUUAAACUUAAAAGAUGUUCAGUCUGUUCAAGCAGAAGAAAUAAUGCAUGUUCAGGAGCCUGAACCUGAGGAAGUAGAAAUCCGUGAGAGAUAUGAACUGAGUGAAAAGAUGCUGUCAGGAUGUCAUUUUCUGAAAAACAGCAUUGAUGAUCCAAAAGCCAUGAGCAGUAAAGAAAUAAGAUUUUGUUUAAACACCAUCCAGCAUGAGUGGUUUCGUAUAUCAAGCCAAAAAUCAGCUAUUGCUGCCAUGGUUGGAGACUACAUAGCUGCUUUUGAAGAGAUUUCUCCUGCAGUCCUUAGACAAAUCAUCAACAUGGCAGAUGGAAAUGGCAACACGGCUCUUCAUUACAGCGUCUCCCACUCUAACUUUGAAAUUGUGAAACUGCUUUUAGAUGCAAAUGUCUGUAAUGUAAACCACCAAAACAAGGCUGGCUAUACUCCUAUUAUGCUGGCUGCCCUUGCAGCUGUGGAGGCAGAAAAAGACAUGAAAAUAGUGGGAGACCUCUUUGCCUGUGGAGACGUGAAUGCAAAAGCUAGCCAGGCUGGUCAGACUGCUCUGAUGCUUGCUGUGAGCCACGGGCGAAUAGAUAUGGUGAAAGCUCUGUUGGCUUGUGGUGCAGAUGUCAACAUCCAAGAUGAUGAGGGUUCCACCGCUUUGAUGUGCGCAAGUGAACAUGGGCAUGUGGAGAUAGUCAAACUUUUGCUAGCUCAGCCUGGAUGUAAUGGUACCCUGGAAGACAAUGAUGGCAGCACAGCACUUUCAAUAGCCCUUGAUGCGGGGCACAAGGAUAUUGCUGUUCUCCUCUACGCUCACGUAAACUUUUCAAAAACUCAGUCCCCGGGAACUCCAAGGCUUGGGAGAAAGCCUUCCCCAGGUCCUACUCACAGAAGUUCAUUUGAUUGAUAAUGCACAGAGAUGUGUAAAACUGCCACAUCCUCUAAGCUGCUAGGGAUUACUGUUUUACAGUGACAGAUGUUGAAUGUAAUCGUCAUGUGCCUGUACUCACCAGCAAAUUGAAAGCCAAUAUUUAGAGCUAGAGUAGAGUCUGUAAGAAAGAGGUUAAGAAGCACUCUUGCUGAUAAGAGAAAGUUUACACAUGGUGUGGCUGUCAGCUGAUACUUCAGAUCAAUCCUCACCACUCGGAUUGGUCAAACUCAUCCAUACUGCAGAAACUUUUAGGUUUUCAAUAAGGUGAAAGAAUCUGGUAUAAUUACAGUUUGCCGGAUGGAUGACUUGCUGUAUGGGAACAGCUGUCAUAAAAGAAUGGUUCUCUGCUGCACCAUAGGUCACAUCAACCUUAAAGUCCCCUUUUGUUCCUAUUUUCAGCUUCCAGAAAAUAGCUUAUCUUUGCUGCCGAAUAUAUUUUGCUAUUACCUGCAUACAGUUAUUUAAGCUAGCUGUUUGUUUAUGACUCUACUGUAUUACUUUGUAAAGGUAUGUUCUCUAUAUUUAUAUUUGCUACUGUUGGGAUGUUGGCAAGAACCCUUUUAUUAUACAUGUCAUUCCAAAAUGGUUUUGAUUGUUGUUUGAAUGCUUUUAUAUUUAAAAAGGGAUAAUUGUUUAAAUUUGCCCUGUGGAAUGUCAGCUGGUGGCUUCAUGGCUUAAACAAUAGAAGAUAGAUCAUUAUGGCCUGAAUUGGCUAAAUAAAUUGUUGCUGCCGACUUGUAUAGCUUUUCUAUAACAGAGUCACUCAGUAUUUUGGACACUUUGAAUUCCAACAUAACCAAAAUAAUACUUUACACAUAAUUAUUAUUAUUAUUACAUUUUUAUUAACUCCAUGAUUCCUAAGAUGUUGGAAGAUGCUAUUCUCUAGUGAAUGCAAAUGUAGUUCUGGGCACCUAGAAUGCUUAUUUUCUUGCCUUGUUCUCUGCAUCAUAUGCAUUUUAAUGUUUGAAGUGCCUUAGAUUCUUGCCAUAUUUUCAAAAUAAAAAAUUCUUUAGCUUA